UCCUAGCGGUUACUUCCUAUGCAGUGGUUGGGGUGUCACAGUCAAACAUCACAUGAUUGACCAAGUUUCGAUGUGACAUGAUUAUAUUGAAUGCUAAGCUUCAUCAAUAAUUAACUGAAGCUGAAUUAGAAGUUAUAAAAUUGACCUAAAACGAGUGGAGGAAGAGGAAGCAGAGGAGGGAUGAAUCUUCCUAUCAUAGACCUCUCUUCACCUGAUCGUCUUUCCACAGCCAAUUCCAUUCGUCAGGCAUGCAUUGAGUAUGGUUUCUUUUACCUUGUGAACCACGGGGUGGACAAUGAGUGUGUGAGGAAAGUGUUUGACCACAGUGCCAAGUUCUUCUCACAUCCACUCCAACACAAAAUGAACUUGGCCCGCAAGGAAUAUAGGGGUUAUACUCCUCUCUAUGCUGAGAAUCUUGAUCCUACCUCACUCUCCAAAGCAGGUGAUCCAAAAGAGAGCUAUUACAUUGGUUCUUUAGAAGAUACCACAAGUGUUCAGCUGAAUCAAUGGCCUUCUGAAGAAUUACUGCCAAAUUGGAGACCUACAAUGGAAUCCUUAUUUUGGAAACUGUUGGAAGCUGGAAAAGAGCUGUUGUCUCUAAUUGCCCUGUCCUUGAAUCUGGAUGAAGAUUACUUUGAAAAGAUAGGCGCCUUAAACAAACCAGCAGCUUUUCUUCGUCUUUUGCACUAUCCAGGUGAAUUGGGAUCUAAUGAAGAGAUAUAUGGUGCCUCUCCUCAUUCAGAUUAUGGUAUGGUCACUCUCCUAGUGACUGACGGUGUUCCAGGACUGCAGAUUUGCAAGGACAAGUUCAAGCAACCUCAAGUCUGGGAGGAUGUGUCUCAUAUAGAGGGGGCCUUAAUUGUGAACAUUGGAGACUUGAUGGAAAGAUGGACUAAUUGUUUAUACCGGUCAACACUUCACAGGGUUAUGCCAACAGGAAAAGAACGCUAUUCUGUGGCAUUCUUCUUGGACCCGCCCUCAGAUUGUGUGGUGGAAUGCUUUGAAAGUUGCUGCAGCGAAUCAUCUCCCUCAAGAUUCCCUCCAAUACGUAGUGGGGACUACCUGAAUGAGCGGUUCAGGCUCACGUAUGGCUCUGAAAGGGAUCUGAAAUGUUCCAUCAAGUUAUGAAGAACUAAGCUGCAAAUUUGUUCUUUAUGCAUGGGUUGCAAAUACGGGUGGUAAAUGAAAUAGGGGUCUUUUAGGGAUCUUUCACUCGAUUCGUGAAUGUCUGAGUUUAUAUGUGUAUAAUUAGUUGUUGGAAUCAAACUUGAACUUGUAUAAAAAUUCGUUUUAAUAAAAAAAGGCCUGUUCAAAAACUCAGCCUUAGAACCUCUCAAGCUAGUCUAGUAUAUUAAUUUUUAUUUUAUUUUAUACUAUUUGUAAUAGUGAUUUCUCUCUUUCUCU